AUGAAAUUUGGGAAUCAAUUGGAUUAUUUUGGAAUUGUUAUUUUAAUUACUUGUUCAUUGAUUUCAAUCUUAUUAUUUGCAUUCUAUGAUUAUCCAUGGAUUAGAAAUUGUUUUAUGGCAACUUCAUUAAUUUUUGGUAGUAUUUGUACUGUAUUAACUUUACAUCCUGAAUUUAGUAGUGUUGAUUAUCGUGGAUUUAGAGCUACCAUGUUUAUCAUGUUUGGAUUAUCUGGAGUACUUCCUGUCCUUGCAUCUUUUGCAUUAUUUGAUUAUGACACAGUUGUACAAAGAUCAGGAUUAUAUUGGCUUAUAUUAGAAGGUGUAUUUUAUAUUACUGGAGCUGUAUUAUAUGCUUGUAGAUUCCCAGAAAGAUUGGUUCAUAUUGAUCAACAUUUACUUGAAUUAUUACAGAAUCCAUUACCGGGAAAGUUUGAUAUCUUUGGUCAUUCUCAUCAAAUCUUUCAUAUCUUUGUUGUUAUUGCUGCCUUUUGUCAUUGGAAGGCUUUGGUUCAAUGUUAUCAUUAUUUACAUCAACAUACUUUAGUUGUAUAA